CCGGUCACGUCAUAUCCGGUCUUCGCCAACGCUGUCAGUGUCAAAGCUAGCAAACGAGAAACUUGACGCCACGUUUUUGACAGAAUAUCAGCCGCUAGUUUGAUUUCCACACGACGGGAUUUGAGCAUCGACAGGUCGGUGAACGUUUUGCUGGCGGACUUUUUCUGUGCGGGAGCUGCGUGUCUCGAAGAAGCUCACUUUUAAAACGGCACUCGAAGCUAAAGCAAGAACACGUUGUCGUCUUUGUCAGACAGCGGUUGAACUGGGUCAGUAUUAAGAGACCCCCUUGAUCUCGGCCUCAGGAUGCCAUGCCACAAUCAGCAACUGAACAAUGUGAACAGUGGCCAGGAGCAUCCAAUGAAGCAGGUACGGUUUGCAAACAACAACAACAACAGCAGCAGCAGCAGCAGCAGCAGCAGCAGCAGCAGCAGCGUGCCUGCAGUGCUGUCCAACUCUGACCCAACUGAUGCCACCAAACAGACUGACAGCCAAGAUAACCUGGGACCUCAGCUUAAACUGCUCCCUCUGAACGACCAGAUCCGUGAAUUGCAGACCAUAAUCAGAGACAAGACAACCAGCAGAGGAGACUUUGUGUUUUGUGCUGAUCGACUGAUCAGAUUAGUAGUUGAAGAGGGUUUGAAUCAGCUCCCCUACUCGGAGUGCACUGUAACCACUCCAACAGGGUACAAGUAUGAAGGUGUCAAGUUUGAAAGAGGCAACUGUGGAGUCAGCAUAAUGAGGAGUGGUGAGGCCAUGGAGCAGGGUCUCAGGGACUGCUGCCGCUCCAUCCGCAUCGGCAAGAUCCUCAUCCAGAGUGAUGAGGAGACACAGAAAGCCAAGGUCUACUACGCCAAGUUCCCUCCAGAUGUGUACAGGAGAAAAGUGCUGCUCAUGUACCCCAUCCUUAGUACUGGGAACACUGUGAUUGAGGCAGUGAGAGUGUUGAUAGAGCACGGAGUCCAGCCCAGACAUAUUAUCCUCCUCAGCCUCUUCUCCACGCCUCAUGGAGCCAAAUCUAUAAUCCAGGAGUUCCCUGAUAUCACCAUCUUGACCACGGAGGUGCAUCCAGUGGCUCCGACACAUUUUGGACAGAGGUACUUCGGCACCGACUGAACGGAGGACAACAUGAGGAACAUGGAAUUGUUUUGAGUAUAUUUUGUCUUGUUUAUUUAAAUGCAUCUCAUGUUCUCCUUGUUGUGCCAAAUACUGCUACUAUCUCUCCAAAGUUCCUUAACUCAAUACAAAAUGAUUAAUCUGAUUGAUUUUAUUUAUUGUUUUGUGCUGUGUAUUCUCUUGCUAAAGAAAGAAGACAACACUGAACCAUAUAAAUAGUUCAACUUGGAUCAUUUUAUUUGCAUGUCACAACUGAUGCAAAAUAAAGAAUUUAUAUUUGUUAAGACAGAAA